GGAAUCAGAAAGUGUGGUAGUAAAUAAUAGGUACAUAAAUAUCGAGAGGCAAGGUAAAUGUCACAUUGAACUGCAAAAAAAAAAAAACAAAACGUCAACUACGGAAAUGUGAAAAGUUAAUGAAAAAACGAUAAAUAUCGGGGUCAAAAUCGAUUGAAAAUCCUUAGAAAAAGAAAAAUUCACAACAAAAACCAGAAUCAUUAGUGUAACCAACGAAAUGAGUAAAGAAAUCUAAUUGACGUUGGCGCACAGAAAAAAAAGCGGAUACUUUCCCGAAUGCGAAGACAACAAUUUGAGUAUUAUGAGUUGGUUUGAAGUGGACAGUGGACGAGUCACGAUAGAUCUGGUAUUGAAUGGCAAUGAUUGAAUCUUCGGCAUCCGUACAAUGGCUGCGGCGAUACAAACUGUUCUUUUUCGCUGGAAUGCUCCUGUUGGCGAUCCAGUUAUUUCUCGGUUAUCUUCUGCCCAUAUUUGGCACAACAGAUGACAUUUACAAUCCAAACGCUGCAUCGAUUUACAGUAAUUUGAUUGCAUACAAAAAUCAGGCUGCAUUUGAUGAACUGUUUCACGAUGAAAAUCUGGCAUUCGACGAUGAAGACAUAAGCAAUAGCAAUCCAAUUGCAAAUUUCAAAGAGAUUACCACCGGCUUGGCACUGCCAAAAAUCAUUGUUGCAUCAUCAGCCAAGGGUAUCAAUCAUAAUCACCCACAAAUCCACAAUGAUAUUCUACUGAAUGCCAAGGAUGCAGCUGGAGGCAACCAAAAAUUAUCAACUAAUUCGAAUUUAAAAUUAGGUAAUAUCAAAUUUAAGCCACCAUGCGCUAUCGCAGCUAAGGAGGCCAUCUCAGCCAUUUAUCGCGCACAAACGCGACAAUGCAAGGAAUUGAUCGCAAACACAACAUGUGCCAUACAAAGUGGUACCUUUUAUCCACAAGCAUUACCCAAUUACUGCCCACACGAACCGUACAAUAAAGAUAAACCGCUCGGUUGUUUCAAAGAUGAUAAAAAAUUUCGCACCCUAUCCGGAUACUAUAUCAACUUUAAAACAUCCAAUACACCCACCAAAUGCAUUCAAUUGUGUUUGCAAUCCGGAUUUGUUUUCGCUGGAGUUCAAUAUUCAACUGAAUGUUUUUGUGGAAAUUCCAUACCAGAAAACACCAUCAAAUUACCCGAUCCAGAAUGCAACUAUAAAUGCUCAGGAGAUCCGAAGAAACUCUGUGGCGGCUAUUUUACCAUCAAUAUUUUCGAAACUGGCAUUAAACGUGCGGUGACCCCAAAAUCCGAAUUGCCCAAAGUGCGGAUCACAUUUUUACUCACACUAAACGGACGUGCCGUUCGUCAAGUGCACAGACUAUUGAAAUUAUUAUACAGUGAAGAGCAUUACUAUUAUAUUCAUGUUGAUGCGCGUCAAGAUUACAUGUACGAGGAAUUAUUGAAAUUAGAGGAAAAUGCGAGCAACAUUCGAUUGGCACGCAAGCGAUAUUCCACGAUAUGGGGUGGUGCUUCGUUGCUGCGUAUGCUGUUGGCGUCGAUGUCUGAACUACUACAUCAUAAAACCGACUGGAAAUGGGAUUUUAUCAUAAAUUUAAGUGAAAGCGAUUUUCUGGUGAAGACCAAAGAGAGCUUAGUUAAUUUUUUAAGUGCGAAUCGUGAUAAAAAUUUUGUUAAGUCGCAUGGACGUGAAGUGCAGCGUUUCAUUCAGAAACAGGGAUUAGAUAAGUCUUUCGUUGAAUGUGAUACGCAUAUGUGGAGAAUUGGCGAUCGUGACCUACCGCAUGGUAUUCAAAUUGACGGUGGCAGCGAUUGGGUGGGAUUGUCACGAACAUUUGUUCAGUAUAUCAUAACCGAACCGCCCGAUGAGCUAUUGACCGGUUUGAUGAGGAUAUUCGACCAUACCCUUCUACCGGCCGAAUCAUUUUUCCAUACCGUUCUACGGAAUUCAGAAUUUUGUCACACGUAUGUGGAUAACAAUUUGCAUGUAACCAAUUGGAAGCGUCGAUUGGGUUGCAAGUGUCAAUACAAACACGUUGUGGAUUGGUGCGGUUGCAGUCCAAACGAUUUCAAGAGUGAAGACUGGCCACGACUGCUAUCGACUGAAAAUAAGCAAUUGUUUUUCGCACGAAAAUUCGAACCCAUUGUCAAUCAGGCCAUCAUAUUACACUUGGAAGAAUGGCUAAUCGGUCCAUAUCCGGCCGAUUAUACCAAUUUGCAUAGCUACUGGCAAAGCGUAUAUCAUUCACGGGACAAAAGUCCAAAAGUCGACGAAGCACUGAUCACAGUGGCAUCAAGCCUGGCGUGCCAUCACUUGAAUAUCAACUACACGGUAAAAAGUAUAAUCGAAAUGACAACAUACAUGGAUCGUGAUCAAUACAAAGGCUUUUUAGUUCAUCAUGAUAUCGUUCAUGUGGCGAAUAGCAGUGAUGCCAUUCAAAUGGAACUAUUGGCACGGCCGCAACAAUUUGGCCGAGUUUCACGUUCAACAACACUUGGCAAACGUAUCAAAAGCAUUGAAGUCAGCACGGAAUAUGACCAAAAAGAACAAAUUCUACGGAAUUUCGCGAAAAUUAUGGGACCAAAUGCUGAACCAACAUUUUUACUUCGUUUGGCCGAAAUCACUUCGGAGCCAAACAUUUUCACCGCACGUAGCUACAAUUUAACGGUACUGUGGAUCAAUCCAGCCGGCUAUUUAAGUGACAUAUCUGAUAUAAGCAUUGAUGUAUCCAGUGCAUCACAAACCAUAUCGUUUGCAAAAUCGAAUUUGAAACCACCACUUUUACCCGGCAUUUGGACGGCGAAGCUGGUUAAUAAACAUGCUAUGAUUGCCCAAUGUAAUUUUUUGAUUAUCCCGAAAAUUCGUGGCGAUUUAAAUGUUACGUCUGAUGCCCAAUGGUCAAGUGCUUAUUCGAAUGCUAAUGAACGCCAAGCGAACCAUUGGACAAUGUUUUUACCGGCUGCAAAAGACAUUCAAGUGAUGAAAGAACAAGCUUUAACCAAUGCCAAACUGAUCGACGACGAGCGAAUUAUGUGGAUCAGCGAUUUAAUCAAUAAAUUCUUUGUUAUCAAAGAAACAUGCGUAUUACAUCGUACCAACGUUCUACCGAAUAUACCGCAAUGCAAUCAAACCAAAUGGAGUUCGUUUGCUCCAGAUCCCAAAAGUGAGUUGUUUGCCGACGACGCAAUACUAGGAAAUGCGAUAGAAUAAUUUUUUUUUGCUUUUUUUUCGAUUGAUGAAAUAAAUUGUUUUCAUCAAAAACGCUCUGAUUAAAAGUGACGAAAAAAACUUAUCCGGAAGACCAUAUCUUAUUAAUUUUUAAAAUUGUAAUUGUCCUGACCGAAUAUGCAAUUUGUUGCAUUUGUAUUAAUGGUAACGUGAUCAUCACUUGAUUCAGAAUAAUAUCACAAAUCUCGCACUCAAUUCCAGAUUGUGUGGCUCAUUGUGAAAACGAAAUAAAAUAGAAGAAAAAUCAUAACUUUAAUCAACCGAAAUAAUGUUAUACAUUGGAGAGAGAAUUAUAUGGAUUAUAUUCUAGUUCAAAUUGAAAUUGAGUCAUUUUUCGAUGUUUAUGUGAAAGAGCAGAUAAAAUGCAUUAUGUAAAUAAUACGUGUAAGAAAUGUGAAAUAAAUCAAAAAUCUGUUGACAUAAAAUAUAUCAA